AAGAACAAAAACAAAGUCAAACAGCACAUUAUUUUCCAUAGAUCAUUAAUAGCUGCCACCAUGACGACUUCAACCACUACGGCAGUAGCAAACAAAUCAGAGAUGAAAGCUGAAAUUCCUCUAGGGCGAAAUGCUUCAGGACGCAGCUGGAAGAAGGUGGCAACUAAACGUUCUUCAAGUCUGACGAAAACAAAAGUAAACAAUCAAACGAAGACGUGGGAACAACGGCGGGCUGAAAAAUUGCAUCGCAAAGAAGUGCUGGAACUCCAAAAACAGUUGACAGAAGAGCGAGUGAAAGCCAUUCGAGACAAGAAGGAACGUCGUUUGGAGAAUGAAAAACGAAGAACCGAAAAUGAGUAUGAGCAUGCCAAGAAACUCUCCCAGAGCUUGAACAACUCCAAGCUAAAGUCUACGCUCAAGACCAUGUCCAAGAAACAACUGCGACAAAUCAAAAAGACAAGAGUCAACACCAAGACUGGUGCGGUCGAAUUCAUUCCUGCCUAUUCAAAAUAAGUUGGUUGUCCAUCUUUUUGAGCCUUGGGAACUUUGGUGGAUAAUGCAACGGUUAUGGUUGAUAAUGCAAAAUGCAAUGGGUACCAACAGGAUUAUGCUUCCGUACAAUAGCGGAUGCAAUCAGCCGAUGGCAAAUGGUGGGAUACUUAAUUGUACAGGUUGGAUUUCAGGUUCAUGAGUCGACAAAUUUCAAAAAGAAGCCAAGUUUUAAAAUGCAGCAACCUACACAGAUUUGGCAUCCAAGCUUGCGUUGUGCCUUCGUUAGAAUCCGUUAGAACCCACGCUGACAGGAGUUUAAGCCUAUCCUUCUAGCUA